GGAUUUGUCAACAUGGAUGAUAACAAGUAUGGUGCAAAGUGGAAGAAGAAACCGGCUCACGCAGCAAGCUUUCCUCCUUCCACUUUUAAAGCUGAAAAAUAUCACUCAUUUGACUAUGAUUUCGGCAAUUCACCAAGCAUCAGGACCUUGUUUAGAGAAGACAAAAUAUCGGACUUGUCAGUAUCGUCUGCCAAACAUUUCAGAGAUUUAACAGCAGCAGACGAAUACAGUCAUGUAUAUUUUGAUCAAGAAAGGUGUCAUUCAUUUAAUGAGAUGGCCACUCCUGAUGGCAUGUUCUCCCCACCUGAUUGGUCGUUCUUGGGGAUGGAAGAUUCCCAGGAUAGUACAAGUUUACUGAGUGAAGAGUCAUUCUCAUCCUCUGCAGUGAGAGGUGAAAGAAGCUUUCACUUUGGAUAUCACCCAGUAAAUCUCAAGAAAGGCAAGUUCACGCAUGAGCAGAAAAAGUAUGAUUUAGUUGGGGGAUUUUCUCCAGACAAAACAGAUCAUGCAGGGUUUAAGGAAUUUCUCCAUGAACAGAAAAUAGGAGCAGAAAAAUAUAGGUACAUGGCAGAUGAGUGGAAUUCUAAAGCCGGUCAUUUUUCAAAGCAUAAAUCUGCAUUUCAAGAAAAACUAGAGCCAGAUCAUGUUUCCUUCUGGAAGGAAGAACAUACAUCUGCAUCAAUGGCUUCGGCCCCAAGUUUCUUUGAUGGAAACUUUAUGGAAAUGGAUAACGAAUCCUUCAGUGACAAGUUGAUGUCUGAAGAUGACCUUUUCAACUCAUUUCCUGUGCCUGAACCAUGCCCUAAGACAAAAUCCACCUACGAGGGAUCCACAUUGAAGAAUCAUAUGAACCAAAACUUCAUUUAUGAAAAUGAGAAAUGGAAGAAAUUUUCAGGAGUUGAUAUUCCAUCGCCUGUAGCAUUUCCAUGGGAGACUGAAGACAAUUUUCUCAAUUCAUCUUCUCCUAAAGAUUUUGAUAGAGAUUAUCAGUUUCCUCGUUUGUCAAAACAGCAGAAUAUUUUUGAAGAUAAUAAAGUAGAAUACAGAAGAACUCCUGAAAAGCCACAGAACAAAGACUCUGAUGAAAAGAAUUCUUUGUCUUCGAAUGGUCGAACUGGAGACGUUGCAGAUAAUAAGAAAAACUGCUGUGAGAAUGUUGGGUUAAAGGAUGAAAAUCAGGAACUAUUUGAUGGUCCACAGACUAGAAAUCCUUCUGUUGGAACUGAAGAAGAAGCUCCAGCGGCAAUGGAGGAAGUGUCUUCGCAGCUCGAGAGUUCCAUUGAUGAUAAACUAAAUCGUCAUUUUGAUAAUCAUGCACCAGUUCCAUCUCAAGUUCCUACUAAAGAUUUUGCACACGAAAGCUUUGAAUCUGACAGUAAGAAUGCUGGGAUCAAGGGAUGUCAUAAAGGGGAUGCAUCUUAUCAGGUAAUGCUCGAAAGCUAUGUUUUUCAACUCCUCUGUGUGCAGAAGGUACUGCUGGGGGCAUCAGAGAAGGAUAUUAAAAAAAAGGUGGGAUAGGUGUUGAGAAUUUUCUUUCUCCAGACGGAUAAUAGACUAGUCUUGACUAUGAUUCAUAGUGAUGAGUGCAAUCAAUAGCUUUCAUCUCCUUAAUGAAACACUGACAAUAAAAAUAGUUACUCUACAGCCACUGCAAAAUUUCGUGGAAAAUUGAACUAUACAAUAUAAGUAUUUGACUUUUUACUGCUCUUUCAGAGAUGUGUGUACUUUUAUGUUUCUGCUAGAAAAAUAUGCUGCUCUAGUAUGCAUA